AUGCCGUGUUCUGCAAGGUGCUGGCAAUCCAUUCUCGUGGCAGCUGUUUGUACUCUUCUGGCAAAGGCAGACUGUCCAGAAGACUGUCCUGCACGCUGCCCUGGACAGCUCGAGGUGCAGUCUGCCUUUGUGCGCAGCCAGUUCGAUCUGAGCAAGUUCUGGGGUGUGUAUUACGAGAUCGCUUACCACGAUAGCACGCAGCCCCGCCGUUGGCCAAUCAAGGCGUCCUGCCAGCGCUCCGUGAAGGCUCCUCAUCCAGCAGACCCUAAGAACUACAAGGACCUCUUCUCACUGAACGUGGGCCCCGGCCGGGGAAUCAACGCCGUUUGCGACCUCGAGUUCAACAUCACGGAUCAGCCUGGAGUAUUUCUCGGACACUGGUCAGGGCAUUCCUUCUUCAAUCCGAACCUAACAGACAUCGCAAACACAGUGGUGGAUGUAGGGGUGGCUGCAAACGGAACCUACAAUUGGACGCUUGAGUUCCAGUGCAAGAACGACAACGAUCCCGCGCGAGGCAUAAGGUUUGCUGCGGUGAACUUCUAUCACAAGAACCCCUUGAUUUCUGAGGAGGACGGUUUACCUUGGUGA